AUAAUGACAAAAUUUAUGAUAAAUUGAUGCAAAAAAAUAUAAAUCAUAUUAUAAAUUUCAUCCACCCCCACACCACAAGGCCACCCGCUCACGCUUAGGCACUCACGACCGUGCAACAGUUGGCAGCGAGUAAAGCACGACCAACCAUCGACUGAGAUAAUGGGCCGAUUCAGCGAGUAUGCAAGCAUGGUGAUGGACAAAGCACAGAAAUUCGGACGCCUGCGCUCGUUGAGCAUUGUAACGGCCGGCGCCACAGCUUUAUUCAUGGGAGUAACGGCUUACCACAAUCAGGAUAAUCUAUUUGGAACGUUUGUUAUGCCCGCCCUCCGCUGCUUGCCGGCAGAAACGAGCCACAAUUUUGCAGUGUGGGCCUGCAAGCACCGCCUAUAUCCCGCCUCUGAGUAUCCAGACGAUUUGAAUCUGCACACGAAGUUCUUUGGCCGUCUGAUUAGUAAUCCUGUGGGCAUAGCCGCCGGUUUUGAUAAGAAUGGUGAAGCCAUCGAAGGCUUGCACGAUUUAGGUUUUGGUUUCAUAGAAAUCGGAACUGUGACGCCAGCACCACAGGCAGGUAAUCCAAAGCCACGCGUCUUCCGGCUCAGUGAUGAUCGGGCCAUUAUAAAUCGAUACGGCUUCAAUAGCGAAGGUGCUCAGCCGGUGCUCCAGCGAUUGCGUCACGAACGCCAAAAAGAGGAUUUCAAUGGUGUGAUAGGCGUUAAUUUGGGCCGCAAUCGGCGCACAAGAAACGCCGUCGAUGACUAUGUGCUGGGGGUGCAGACUUUUGGUCCUGUGGCCGAUUAUCUUGUAGUGAACGUAAGUAGUCCAAAUACACGCGGCCUACGGGAUUUACAGAGCAAGCAGCGAUUGCAAGAGCUUCUUGAGGCCGUAAACAAUGCGCGUGCAGGCCUUACGGAGAACCCAAAUGUACCAGUACUUUUAAAAUUGUCACCGGAUUUGGAGCUGCAGGACAUGCGUGAUAUUGUAAAUGUGAUUACAAAGAAAAAGAGUCGGGUGGACGGUCUCAUUGUGGCCAAUACGACGGUGACGCGUGAGAAUCUCCAGGACACAUCGACGGCGGUUCAGGGCGGUGGCCUGAGUGGCAAGCCACUACGCAAACGUACCACCCAAAUGGUGGCACAAAUGUAUGCCCUCACCAAUGGCCGCAUACCCAUCAUCGGGGUCGGUGGCAUUUCCUCCGGCUACGAUGCGUAUGAGAAAAUCGAAGCAGGCGCUUCCUAUGUGCAAAUAUACACGGCACUCGUUUACGAGGGACCUGAACUCGUGGAACGUGUCAAAGAGCAGCUCUCCAUAUUGAUUGCCGAAAAGGGAUUCGAUAACGUGCAGGAUGCGGUGGGCUCCAACUACAGGGACUAUCUGCCACCCACGCGAGCUGAACAAAAUUCCAAACCAGCACAAUAACGUUUUUGUCACCUUCUUUAAUCAACAUUUGGUUGAGUAAAAUACAUUAUUUUUAACUUCU